UUCGCGUGCGCAAGUUGAGGCUUUCAUCACACGGAAGUUGAUCUAAAGUUUGUAAUACGGUCUGUAAUACGGUUUUUGAAUGUCGAAUUACCAAUGUUUGAUAUAAAACUAAUAUAACCACGGUGACCCUGACCACGUCGUCAAACCGAAACUGGAUGUGUUUGUGAAGGCUUGGGACUGACGGCAUAGCUAUUAUUUUGUUCUCACCGACCAAUACUGCCAUCCAAGAGGAGAAAGGCAACCAACACCAGAGGAACAAUUUAUCAUGAGUCACAGUCUGAACAUGGAAGGUACUGCUAAACAACAGCAGGAACACAAUAAUGACUGUCAGACGAACAAGACAGAACACUGGCUACUCAAAUUCGCUGAAAUGGUAAGACAGAGUAUCUGUCAGAAGCACGAAGCCGAACUGGACCUCUGGAAGCCAACCUGUUUUUUUUGCGCUUGUCAAGAAGAUGAGCUACUUCGCCAGCUAAUGCAGGUCUUUCUGAAGAAAAAAACAACACAAGAUGGUGACGAGAGACAUUCUGAGGACAAGGAACCCUCCACUCCCUCUACCUCUCAAGAUAUCAUCAUGCAGAAUUUAAGCCUUGGCCAGAAAAGAAGUCUGCCUAAUGAGAAUGAUGGUGAAGUCCAAUCCACCGCCUCCGCCUCUGAAGUUCUUAGUAAGCAGAAUUUAAGCCUUGGCCAGAAAAGAAGUCGACCUAAUGAGGAUGAUGGUGAAGUCCACUCCACCGCCACCACCUCCGCCUCUGAAGAUUCAUGGGUUCAUGUGGCCCGGUCAGAUUGUGAUGAAAUGCCUUCUGAAGACAAGCAAUACUCCACCACCUCUAACUCUGAAGUGCCUUCAGCGAAGACAUAUUACACUCUUGCUCCUGGAAAGUCGGCAGAAUACUCUAAGGAUAUCAAAACAUGGCUCAAACACCUCUCUGAAGUGAAAUCGAUACAGAGUUGUGAUAUGAUCCUGGCUACCUGCAUGGUUGUGUCUCGUGUUGGAACAGAUGUUGAAGCAGCACUGAAAGACAUCCCUGAAGCCAAGCCGACCAUUCUGGUGGUUAUGCACCAUACCUUUGAUCCUGAUUGUGUAGUACCAGACAGCAGUAGGUUUACCAAAAGGGAGGACAUGCUCAUUGUGGACUGUCUGUUUAAUGAGGAUAAUGGAUUAUUGAGAUGUGAAAGAAAUGGCAUUGCACAAUCUACAAUGCUGAAAUGGAUCAACGCAAAGGUGUCCAUUAAAGAAACAACAUGGAGUGCUGUUUCCUCACUCUUUAGUUGGUACGGAUGUCAAUGAAGUGAUUUGAAGUCGGGCCUUGGAGGAUCCCAUUACCAUCUUCUUAUGUUGUUUUUAUUGUAAUUGUUAAAAUAUUAAGAAGUGGAACAGAUGAAUAGCUACACGAAGCACGACCCAGAGCGGUAACACUUUCUAUGCAGGCCAUGUCUAAUGAUUUAGGCAUAAAUUCAUAAUGCAAUCAUAUAAUGCUAUGCAAUAUAAUAUUAUGAAAUCAUAAGUUAUUGUAAUAAUGAUUAUACACAUACUCACGCACAAACAAGCAUUAGACUCUGUUGCAAUGUACAUAAUGCAUUAUCAGAUGUUGAUUGAAUGUAUUAGAACUAAUGUCAAGAAUCUCAGACAAUGUUGCAUAGUGCAUUAUAACCACCAACCCUGCCCAGUUAUAAAUACACACCAGUCACUGUGCUGAUGCAUUUUAGCAAUUUAUGAUCAGUGAUUGGCACAAGAUGAAAUAAUACCUUUUAGUUAUUUUAAUGUUACAUAGCAUGUCUCUGCUAGCCUUAAGUAAAGUAUGAAAAUGCCCUUACAUAGCAUAGGCAGGCGUAAGAUAAUAUAGACAACAAAUAAAGUGAGACAUUUUGCUAAGAAAAAAUAUAAUUUUAUUCAUGUAACAUCAAUUUCAAUAACAUUCUUUGUGCAGAUAAUAAAAACCAGUGCAU